AUGGAUCGAGCACCGUCGCUUCCGCACUAUCAAAACCCUCACCCGAAUUUCUUCCACCAGUGUCCUCCUCCUCCAUACCCUAAUCCUACUUUCUUCUCUCGACCUCCUCCUCCUCCUCUGUUACAAAAUCCCAACACUUACCCCAUCGCUCCUUCUCCGCCAACGAUUCGCGACCUCUCCGGUACACUCUCCUCUCUACAGUCCCUAUUAUCGGAAUGUCAACGCACCUUAGAUUCUCUCUCUCAAAAUCUAUCUUUAGACCACUCUUCUCUUCUCCUCCAGAAGGAAAAUAGCGGCGGUUUCGUUCGGUGCCCUUUUGAUCCUAAUCACCUUAUGCCACCGGAAGCUCUCUUCCUCCAUUCACUUCGUUGCCCAAAUCCAAUUGAUCUCACUCACCUUCUCGGUUCCUUCAGUAGCUACCGGAACACGCUCGAGCUACCGUGUGAAGUACAGUCGAACAACGGCGACGGUGGUGACAUUUGUUUCUCCUUGGACGAAUUCACCGAUUUCGAGACUAAUUUCUUCUACAAGGAUUGCCCAGGUGCUGUGAACUUCUCUGAGCUCGAUAGAAGAAAACGAAUCGUUACUCUUCCUAGUGUUCUCUCUCUAGAAUGCAGCGAUUUUGUAAGGUCUGAUGAAAAUGAGAGAAAGAGUAUGUUGGACAAAUGGUUAGUGGUUUUACCAUCUGAUCUCUGCGCAGUAAAGAGUGAGAUUGAUCAAUGGAGGGAUUAUCCAAUUUCGUAUUCCUAUAGUGUUCUCACUUCGAUUCUGGAUUCAAAAUCGAUUGGAAAGAGCGAGUUUAGCUCAUGGAUUCUCGUGAAUUCGACGAGGUACGGUGUGAUAAUCGAUACAUACAUGAGCGAUCACAUAUUCUUGCUCUUUCGGCUCUCUCUGAAAGCUGUUGUGAAAGAAGCUUCUGGGUUUACGGUGGAGGAUAAUAUGAGCUGCAGAAGUAGAAAAUUCGAGUGUGCAGUAUUGGUUCGAGUGUUGUCUUGGUUAGCUUCUCAGCUUUCUAUCUUGUAUGGAGAAGGAAAUGGGAAGUUUUUCGCUCUGGACAUGUUUAAACAGUGGAUAGUAGAAUCUGCCUCUAAGAUAAUGUUGUUUCGGCCAGAGAGAGUUACACCUGAAUCCUCUGCAGUUCUCAAGGAUUUGGAUGAUGCAAGCUUGAGUAAUAAAGAUGCUAAGAAGGUUGACAAAACUUUGGAUAGUGCUGAGGUGAUAUCAGUGUCACGUGUUGCAGCAGCUGUGGCAGCUUUGUAUGAAAGAUCCGUGCUUGAAGGAAAAGCAAGGGCAAUUCGAUAUCCUCAACCACAGACAAGAUAUCAGCGGGUGGCUGAGCUUGGUGCUAUGACAGCUAAAGCUGAUGAGGAACGGAAAAGACGUCCUGGCUACAGAGCUAUUAUUGAUCAUGAUGGUCUUCCGAGACAACCAUCAUCAAACGAGGAAAUGAAUAAAUUGAAGACAAAAGAAGAACUAUUAGCUGAAGAGAGGGACUACAAGCGCCGGAGAAUGUCAUACCGUGGUAAAAAGGUGAAACGAACGCCUCGAGAGGUGUUGCGAGAUAUAAUAGAGGAAUAUACAGAAGAAAUUAAGCUAGCAGGUGGUAUCGGAUGUUUUGAGAAGCCGUCUUCUAUAAGCAACAAUCAGAAAGAAAGUGACUUUCGCUACAAUACUGCAUCAUCGACAUUAUCAGACGCAUCACCAAGAUAUUCUAAACAACGGAAAGGAGAGAACCGUGGAGAUGUUGAAUAUCCGAUGGAGAUUAGAACCAAUACUGAUAAAAGGAAACGGUAUGAAGAACAUGAUUCAGGUGGUUCGCGGAGACAGCAGAGCCACAGAUCAUCAUCAUAUAAGCACAGUGAUGAGAGAGAUGAUGAAUACACAAGGAGCAAACGAUAUAGCGUUGAAAGGAAGAGUUCUUCUCAUCAUCAAACUACUCACAGAUCAUCUCACAGGAAGAGUUCUUCAGAUUAUAAGACCAAAAGAGAUGAUGAUCGCCGCAGUCAAAGAUCUAGGAAUGAAAAUGCGUUUGAAGAUUGA